UACCUCGAUCAUUCGGAGGCACAUUCCGACAUUUCAGCGACCAGCGCCGGCGUUUAACGAGCAAUAUCCGUUUUCCGUACUUGCAUUGUUUCCUGCCUCUAUGGCCUGGAUCUUACCAUGACUAACGACGAUACCAUUGUUAUCCAAAUCUCGGAUCUGUUUCUAUAGCAAAACCCUGGGCGGAUGUCUGCUUCACUUCACACCAGAAUGCAAGCAGCCUCCCGCGAGGAUGAUGAAGUUACGACCAAGACUAUCGACCUCCACGGGUGCCAACUUGAACAUACACGAAUUAGCGGAAUCUCUCUAGGGUAUACAUUCAUCAACAUUAUUUUGUUUAAUCACAACCGUCUCCACACUUCAACGAAUAUCUGGUAUGCGCGGUCUUUCAUGGUCUUAUCAAGUCUUUCUACCCAGUUGCCGUUUUGUCUCUGCAGACGCGAAUGGCAACCUGACAUAACAAGGGAUUGCAUCAAGGGGUCCAGACACUCGCUCCAGCAAUAUCUGACUCGAUUUGUGCCUUCCCGGACACUCGUUCUAUUCGCCUUGCACCAAAGACUCAACACAGGGGUCACGGACAUUCCCAGGAGGUUCACGAAUUUGGGAAAGGCAGCAUACAAGCGCCUCGGAUACCGCUGGCCAGAUCAAAUCAUAGACAUGGGCUUAAGAGAACGAAGAAGCAUCACGGGCAAGGGAUUAGGUGAGCGCUGCAUGGCUGGCGCUUUCGUCACCUGAAUCUUGUCGACAUGACCGUCAACGUGCGUGCCACGGGUCUAACGAUGCGGAUGCGGAAAGUUUAGAUAGGAACUAGAGAGCUGCCAGAAAAUACAAAAUGACACAGCAGUAGUUCGAUACUAUCGACCUGC